AUGGUUUUUGAUGGAAAGUCACUGAUUAUUGGUGAAAUUGGCGGGCCGUUCGGCUCACUUGUAGAUGCUUGUGUCUGCUCUAUGCACUUGAGUGAAAAAGCUCACUUUCGUGUUGAAAUGACUCCAGAGGAAAUCGAUCUUACAAUUGAAUUAGUAGAGCUGGAUUUUGGAGGUUUUAUUCAUCAGUGGGAUGCUGCAAAAAAGUUCGAUAUGGCGGUAAAACGUAAAGAAUUGGGGAAACAGCUUUUUCAGGAAAACCUCCUGACUGAAGCAGCCAAUAGAUUUUCCAAAGCAUUUAGGGUGCUCUGCUCGAUACCCAUUUCGGUUGAAACGCCCCUAGACUGUAUAGAUAGCGUCAAUGUAAGCGAUAUUCAGCUACUCAAGGAAACACUGUACAACAACAUGUCUGCUUGCUACUUCAGGCACCAGAAUUUUGACUCCGUAAUCCCACUUUGUCAAAAAGUUCUCGCUCUAAACCCCUGCAAUGUGAAGGCUCUGUUUAAAAUCGGAGUGGCGUACGAGCAUGAAAGAGACUUUGAAAAAGCCCAUCAAGCGCUAUCCACCGUCUUAGAAAUAGAGCCCAACAACAAAGCAGCCGCCGACCAUCUGGAAACUGUUAAAGUCCAGUUGAGGCAGGUCAACUUUCGCCUCAAUUCUAUGAUGAAGAAAAUGAUUUCGGGCACAAUCGGCAAGUGAUUCGAGCAGGUUUUAUGUUAAUCGUAGUCGUAAGUAUAUUUUGUAAUCGCCUAAGUUCAUUAAAUUGUCUUCUGUAGUUGAA